GGUUUACUCCCUUUUGGGCACCAUAAAUAGAGCAUAUUAGCAAGCGGCUGUAUUAAGGGAGCGUGCAACACAGACUUUUGUGCACAAGUUUUCUUUUAUUUCAUCCCCUGCAGCCCUUCCCCCACCUCCUCCCUCCCCCCGCGCACAUGCACCUUGUUUGUUCAUCCAUGGGGCUUUCUGGGUCAGGCAUUUCUGUGGGACUCCCACAAACCAGCUACCAUCUGGCCUGGUUUUUAUGAACGUUAAUAGGUAUUUCAAGCUGUACCAGAUCUUUGAGAGGGAGACUAGCGAAGCAUAGGCUAUAUUUAGCGGCUAUAAAUUAAAAUCCAUCUUGGCAAUUGAGACACGAAAUAAUAAUAAUUAAAAAUCACAACUGAGAAAGGAAGGUUAUUUUGCUGUAUGUGGGCAAACGUGUUUUUAAAUCGCCUUACAGAUAGCAUUGUCCCUGAAGGGCAAGGAACAUGCCACUAAAAAUUGAACCAACUUGACAUAUGCCUUCGUUUCCCUGGGAGGCAUCUACCACAUUCUGCCAAGAAAUAAGCAGUAUUAGACUUGAUGGUAAAUCAAAAAUGCUGCCAUCUUCCUUGUCUUGGUAUUUUUUGGUUGUUUUUUGUUGCUGUUUUUUAAAAAAACAAACAAACCCUGGUCUUGAUUUUAAUAUUUUGGUGACUUACUAUGUGAGAGACAUAAAAAUCUAACACAAUUACAAGCUGAGUUGACCUAGAGCUGCAGCAAAGCUGUUUAACCCUCCAGCACUUGUCAGACAGUAUCUGCAUUUGAGGAUAGGUUUGGGGUUUUAUUUCGCUGUUGAGCUAGACUACGUGAAAAUGCCAUUCCUGGUGAACCUGGGACAUGAUGUUUAAGUCUUAUUAUAAAGGACCAAAGUACAACUAAAUGAAAUAAUGUCCAAGAUUUUCAAAUGAGGGCAUUCAUUCCUUGUAGAUUAAGUAAAAAGUUUUUAGAGGUACCCCCAUUUACUUCCCGUUUGACAAUCCAUCAUUUAGGUGCUUUUCAAAAAAUGACCUGCUCUCUUCAAACGUGCCACGCACUCCACUGCUUCUGCUAUAGUUAAUGGAAGCUGCUUGAUAUUCAGCCCUUGUGAAAAUCAGACCUUUUACCAAAACUGGGAAUUUCAAGUCCUGGAAGGACUUGAGAGCAGAAAGCCCAUUGAGUUUCAGUGAGACUUGUAUUCCAAGAUCGUGUAGGUGCUUAAAAAAAUCUAACCCUAGCUCCAUGUUUACAUACUUAACAGUAUUUUAAAUAAAUAAAAAAUGUGCUUCCUAGGCCCUGUGCUCAUGACUCAUACACUUAAAAGACACAGUGCCCACUUGAACAAAAAAUCUGGAUGGUCACUUUUUGAAUCUCCCAUCCAAUGAAGCAGUCUAGUGAGUGGAAAGAUGGGUUUUUUUGCUCUGUCUGGGGACUAGUAAAUAGUCAUCUUUCUCUUGAUUUUGAUCUUAUUUGAGAAAGCAGCUGGCUUAACGGUAGAUCAAUAGCUGGUUCAGAAUAAACAAGAGAAAAGUAUGGCCUAACCACUAAAAGGAUAGAAGAGCACUUCAUAAGGCUAAAAGUCAAAACCUGACAAGGAGAGUAUAUGCAUGAGAGAGGGAAGGAGCACUGUUUGAGAGCUCCUGAGACAGGAGACUUUUAGCAGGAAACAUGUAAUCUCCAUCAUCUCACAUUCAACGCUUUAGAUGGACUCAAAUAACCUCGCUUCCCCCUCCCUUGAGCAAAGUCACUUGCAAGUUGGGAAAUGAGAGAAAGUUGAAUCAAGUUUGAUCUUCAAGGACCCAAUCCCUGCAUUUCAUAAGCAGUCAGAAAAUUCCUGCUGACGUUAAUGGGAGCUUUUGGUUCCCAAAGGACCUACAAGCUCUGAUCCUGUCUCCCAAUGUAUAGGAGAUGCAGGGUUUUGUUUAUUCUUGCAGUAUAUUUUUAUGACGUGAAGUAACCAAAAUGCGAGAAUAGAUUGUACAAGAACAGCAUGACUCAGAGCCCCAGGAAACAAUUGCACUAAAGUUCAGCACUCUGUAUUUUUUUUUCCCUCAGAAAAAUGUUAUGGCCUCCUAUGAUUCCAAAGUUCAGCGAUUCAGGACUGAAAUAAAGGGCUGAUCUUACAAAGACAUAAGCACAUGAGCUUUGAAUAAUGUUAGGAAGUACGGCCACUUUUAUUUUAUUUUGGAGGGACUACUUUUUUUACAGAAGGUGGAAGAACAUCCACACAGGAAGCAGCCCUUAGCAAUGAGACCAACUCAAAGGGAGCCUUAAACGGUAACAUCAGGAAAAGCGGUGUUUGGCGAGUGAUGUGCUAAAAAUGAAAAGGUGCUUUGAGGGUGUUGGGCUGCGAUGCCUGUUUAAGGGCGUCAGCAUGGCGGCCCCCAGGCCUGCAAAACACCUCCUCAUCUUUGACUUCGAUGAGACAAUCGUCAACGAGAACAGUGAUGACUCAGUCAUAAGGGCUGCUCCGGGACAGGAGGUCCCAGAACACAUCCGCCAAACCUUCCAGGAAGGCUUUUACAACGAAUAUAUGCAGCGGGUCUUUGAAUACAUGGGAGACCAAGGGGUCAAGAUGCUGGACUAUAAGACGGUCUACGAAAACAUCCCCCUAUCACCUGGGAUGCCGGAGCUUUUCCAGUUCCUCUCCAAGAAUCAAGACCAGUUUGAGAUCAUUCUCAUCUCUGAUGCCAACAUGUUUGGCAUUGAAUGUGCUUUGAGAGAGGCAGGCUGCUACUCUUUGUUCCGCAAAAUCUUUAGCAAUCCCUCUGGCUUUGACAAGAGGGGCUACCUCACCUUGGGGCCCUAUCACUCUCACAAGUGCCUCCAAUGCCCAGCAAACAUGUGCAAGCGCAAAAUCCUCACUGAAUACCUGUCUGAGAGAGCCCAGGAAGGGGUGGAGUUUGAGAAGGCUUUCUAUGUUGGGGAUGGGGCCAAUGACUUCUGUCCCUCCACGGCCCUGACUUCAACAGAUGUUGCUUUCCCACGGAAAGGCUACCCCAUGCACAAGAUGUAUCAGGAGAUGGAGAAAAAGCAACCUGGAGUCUUCCAGGCCACUGUAGUUCCCUGGUACUCAGCUAUGGAAGUUUGCCAGCAUCUUCAGGAGUUCCUCAAGAAGAAAUGCUGAGAAGGGCUCGUUGGUAUUAAAAAAGAAAAAAAAAAGGCUCUUGCUGUCCUGGAGGCAGCACCAAGGAGCAGGCAGGAAAAAGAGGGAAGCUCUCAGAAGCAUCUCAUUCCUCAGUAGCUAAGCUGGUGCCAUAUCUAGCUUUGCAGAGUUGGACUCAGCUUCUGGAAUUCUUAUCCUCCCUCUGCUUUUUUAUUUCUUUCUACGAAGUACUUUCUCUGGGUUCCCACUUCUCCCCUCCCCACGAUCUUGACAUGAGGUCUUCUCUAUGCAGUUAGCAAAUCCAUGCAGAAGGACAGGCAUGUUGGCAAAUUUAUUUUUGCUUUCACUUUGAAUUCACUUAAAAUUAUUCUAUUUAAAAAAAAAAAAAAUUCACCAACCAACUUGUUCUCACAAGGGCCAAAGUGUAUGCAUGCUUCCAUUAGCUCCAAAAUAGAGGUCACCUGACCCACAACUCUAUCAAAAUAGUUGGGAUUGCCUACAGCGUUACUCUUUCAUCAUCAUCUUUAAUGCCUUUCUCUACAUGCCCCCUAGAUGAAACUGAAAGCUGCUUACAGUUGGCUGAGUAUUGACCCAAUAAUUCCUGAGGGGUCCUUGCCUCUUCAGGAGGACAGUGGAAAUCUCAUCUAGUGCAGCUUAUGCUGCUGAUAUCUUAUUGUGAGCACUCUCCCCCUGGGCUUGGGUUGCCACCAGCCUACCCCAAACCCUCCAUUCAUUGGCCUCUGUAGGAGGAGGGCGUGGACAUGGGAUUUGGUUCAGGCUGUGGGGUUUGGAGGACACUAUUCAUUUAAGUUUCCACUUGGAGGUUGUUCACUGGAACACAUUCCUAAGCAGACAAGAGUUUUGUAAGGAGAAAUGUGAGUUAAGCAUUUAAAUUGCCUCUUGAAAACCUUCCUCUUCCAGUUCCCAUUCUCAAGCCUUUCCCUCAGAGUAGCACAAGCUGCGCAUGGAGCCCUUAGAUUAAAACCCUGUGCCUGCAUUUUACUUUCAUUUCUGGGAUCACUUUCGUCUCCAGAGCCAAGACUACCCUGAUUGUCUCACAAGACACACUCUUCUAUAGUUAUAUUAAGCACAACACCAAGUGGCCCACCUCCAAAGGCUUUGAGCCAGAGCUGUUUUCCAGAGCAGAUGCUCCUCAUCUGCAUUCACUUUCCUGGUAUCAGGUCACAUCCAGGCCUACACUUGAUCCCAGAAAUGUGUUUGCUGAGCUUGCCUGAGUGCUGUCCUGCCUGAAUUGCACUUCAACAGCCAUCCUUUACAGCAGUUCAGCAAAGGCGGUUUGAGAUCUACAGCUGACAAGAGAUCUGUCUACAUAAGCUAAGUGCUGGUUCCUGUGGGUGUUGGAGCAGCAGUUCUCUGUGUCAUAGACAAAUCACAACAUCCUUGUUGUUAUAGCAGGGCUGAGCCAGCUUCCUGGCCUGAUUCUGAUCCUGAGAGGUGCUGAAACUCCCAUUGAUAUCAGUUGGAGGUAUGGUGCUUAGUGCCCCUUUGGGGUUAGGCUGCUAGAGGAUAAAAACCUCUCUCCACUUCCCAUUCCAGAGUCCUGUCCCAGGCAAUUGCAGUAUUAAUUGUCCCCUGUGAUUGCACUCUGCAGGGGUACCCACUCUGUUUGCCACCCUCUUAUUCUGGCUUUUCCUGGGCUGAUUGCAGCAUUAACUGCCCCCAAUGGUGGCAUCUACAGGGAUGACUGCAGUCCGUCUACUCCAAAGUAUUUCCCUCCUGCAGUUGCUCUGCACAGUAAGAAAUUAACCAAAGCAGCCCCAGCUUUUGCUCUCCCACCUUUUGUGGGUCCCCCACCUCUACCAUUUGUUCUUUCUCUUCUGCUCCGUCCAGUCAUGUGGAACUGAAAGCCAUGGACAUUUUAGAAACUCCAUAUUGAUGCUGGGUGCAACAUGUAUGUUUGGAAUUUCAUGCAUGUUAUGGUGGACAUUUAAAUGACUUUUUUUCCUCUUGUCCCUCAUUAUCUUAAAUAUAUAUACAUAUUUAUAUAUAUAUAACUAUCCAUAUAUAUGUGUGUGUGUGUGUGUGUGUGUGUAUGCAUCAGGGAGCAUACAACUAUUGUGGUUUCACUUUCUCAGCUUGCCCUCAUGGCUGCUGAAAGCGCAGGGUUGUGGCUUGCAGAUAAAACCUUCCAGCCUGUGAGCCCUCCCCAUGAAACCAGUGAUCUUUGAACAGGGGUGUGUGUGUGUGUGUGUUUCUCUGCAGGGACACAACAUCUCAGCCUCGCUGAGCUUCCCUGUGGAGCAGCUGCUAACAUGUCUCUGAGUUACAGACAAUAGAGGGCAGUAAGUGAUCUGGGAGUUUUGUCUGAUGGGACAGCUGAGCUGGGUUCAUUACUUGCAACUGAGACAGAGAAACCUGCAAUUUGUUGGUGUGAAGUGAAAAGGGGGAGGUGGAAGUGAACCACCAGGUUCUACAGAUAAAAACCAGAAUAAAAUAGGUUUAGGGAAAGCCCCUGUAGCAUACAGUGUCAGCUGUGAUGGGUGUACCACUGCACACUAGGCCUGUGCAAAGCAGCUAGUAUUUGCUUCAGGUUCGGAUUUGGCCGAUUUGGGGGACAGUGAUUUGAUUCGGUGAUUCGAAAAGCUGUCUUGAAUUGAUCUGGCCACUGCCAAAUAGGCCAAAUCUCCAAAUCUGAUAGGCCUCAUCCUCCGCCCGCUCUCCCAGCCCAGUCAAUGGCUGCCCUGCCUGGCCCUAGCUCCCAGCUCUUAAAAAAGACCCGUAGUCACCAGCUGCUAUCAGGUGGGGGGCAAUCCCUGCUGCCCCCCACUGCCCUGGGGUGUGUGGGGAGCUCUGCCACAAGCCCCCAGGAGCCCAGAGGCCACUGCAACGAUCAGUGAAUGGGGCCUUUUUUUUAAAAAGCACCGGGAGCUGGGGCGGGUGGGGCAGCCAUGGGGGUGCGGGGAGAGCGGGCAGGGGUCGGGGGGAGCUGGGGGAGCAGGCAGGGGAUGGAAAGCCAAAUCUCCUAAUCGGAUUAGCACCUGAAGCUUCGCACAGCCCUACUGCACACGUGUGAAUGUUGGGAUUGCAAGCCAGUGACAUAGGUGUGGUUGAGCAGUCUACAUGGGACCUGGGCUCCUGCCCCUUUGGGCUUCUUCAUGAGUAUGGCCUGAGGGAGGGGAGCCAGAUCCACCUGGGCCUUCUUCCUGGCUUACCAUGACUUUAUCCUCCUUACUAAAUCUCAGCUGGCUCAUCCUCCUGUGAAAUGGGUUUACUACAGAAGUGUAAUGGUGAAUGGAAGGGCAUGGGUGUGUGUUUGCAGUGGGACCUGUUUGCCUACAUUAGGUGCUAAAGGGACAGUUUGGGAUUGUAACUGCUCCCUGCAUCCACUGGCUUUCCCUGUAGAAUCCGACUCCGUGGGAUGAUGAUCAAUCCGAAAUCUACCCCACAGCCACCCAGCUGUCAUCAAGGGGGCUGAGUGCCUUACUUGACUGAGGAGAAGGGAAAGCAUUACAGGUUACAUUUAUGAUGUAACUGGUCAUCUGUAAUCUGGAUGGAUUUUCCUGUUGUCAAAUCAGCCACAGCUUGCACUUUCCUUUGUUUUUCUUCCACAUCCCUAGUUUUUGUAGCAGACAUCUUGUUAAUUUCUCAUUUGCUUAUGGACCAUGGAUGCAAAUAAAACAGGACCAUGGGGAAGCAACUGUAUAGGGCUGUGCUUAUGAGUAAUGGCUUUGGCAGCAGAUGAAACAGCUGGCUAUUUAGAAGGCUACUUCAUCUUUUGGGGUGGAGGUAAUGGAUAGUGCCUCUGUGUUACACUUGACUGCAAUCUGAGGACAUACAUGGUCCAAAAUAAUCAUCA